AUGGCUACCCUGACAGACGGGCCUCCUCACGUGGAGUUUCGGUUGCCCGAAGCCCUGCAAUCAACUUCGUACAAGCCGACACCUCUACGGAUCAUCAAGAGGCGUCACGAGGAUACAAAAGUUUCAGACGUUGCAAACGAGAAUGCUCGUCCGGAUGAUGGCGUUGGCUUAACGCUCGGCUCUCUGGGCUCCAUUAAAGAAGAAUCUCGACUGAAAAUCUCCAAGCGCCACAGCAGACUGACGACGCCGACCACAUCGCCCAAUGUCCUAAGCAGCUACGACGAGCGUUCCCGCCCUGAAUUUUGGACAAGCUCUCCAGAGCUUGAUCGACCUCCAGCAGGAGCGUGGGGUGAAGCGUUGGGAACGUUCGGCGCCGCUGGCCUCUAG